AAUAAAACCAAGAAGAAGAAGAAGAAGAAGACGACGACAGCAAGAUGGCAGAAAGCAGAGAUAAUAUCACUGUUGGACAAUCAUCAACUUCAGACACCGAACAGUUAAAAUUAUCUGACUUGUUAGAGCGUGGCUGGAAGAUAUUUGAGGACUUGGACAAUUCAAACGAACCGUUUGGCCCCGACUCUGUCCACCGCGUUAAACGCGGUGUUAACAUGUUGGAAGAAGCGUCGAGCAUGGUUGCUCAGCUCGACCUGUUUAGUGGCAACGAAGAGCUGGAAGAGAUCGCCACUGCUGACCUGAAGUACCUGCUGCUGCCUGCUCUGUUAGGGGCCCUGCACAUGAAACAGAGCAGCCAGCACAAGCGUCUGGAGACCGUGCAGACAGCCCGGCUUUACUUCAUGAAUUUCUUGAAGACAUGUCACGACUACAACAUCUCCCAGUUUGAGCUGCCGAAAUCAUCAAAUAAAAACGGCGUGUCCGAGGAAGCAGCGGAGGGCGGAUUUUCCAAAGGCAAGUCUUUUUCUCCAGAUCCAUCAAAUCUGGUUACCAUGGCAGCAAAGAGACAAACGAAAAUAGAACGGUAUCGACAGAGAAAGGAGCUGGAGGCUAGACUGUUGGAUGUUCGCAGAGUUAUGGAGGGUGGACAAGCCGAUGAUGAGGUCAGCAGAGAUUUUUAUCUUCUGAAUGUCCAGAGGUGGAUCACUGUUUGUCUGGAGGAGAUCGAGGCCAUUGACCAGGAGAUGAAGAUACUUAAAAACAUGGAUGUUCUGAAGCAGGGCCCUGCUCAUCAACCAGCUCAGCCGUCCAGACAUCCAAUGAAACCCUUCAUCCUCACUAGAGAUGCUUUACAAGCUCGUGUACUCGGGGCUGGGUAUCCUAGCGUUCCAACCAUGACAGUGGAUGACUGGUAUGAGCAACAAAAAAAACGAAUCCUGCCUGAUCAGGGCAGUCCAAGGAAAGUUGCUGUGGAAGACAACUCUGAUGCAAAGGAGAGAGAUGAAGAAGAAAAAGAGAAAAGUGCUGAAAAUGAUGAUGAGGAGUCUUUGCUAAAAGCCAGAAAUUGGGAUGACUGGAAAGACAGUCACCGCAGAGGAUAUGGAAACCGCCAGAACAUGGGCUAACCCUUCCCCAACACAGUCUUGAUUUCACGUUCAUGAUGUAAACAAAGGAGUGGCUGUUCUUCACAUUGCUGCUCCCAAACAUUGAAGUAUAAGAUGGUCUCAGACUUUGGAGUUGCCUUUUCAUGUUAUGUUUAUCCUCUGUGGUAAGGGUUGUUUCAUUAAACUUUGGAGCACCAGUUAAAACAGCUGCAAUGGUUUUAAUGGAGUCCAGCCUUUGCAUGUUCUUUUAAUACAUGUUCUGGUAUACAUAAAACAAAUUCAUUAGUGCCAUGGUUUUAAAAUGUACACAUUAGGUGGUGAUUGUAUAAUUAGGCUUUAUCCUUUUUGUUUUUAUUCUGUCACAGAUUGAAGAAAUCUUACUUUAGCCAAAUGAUGCAAGUAUCAGCAUGUGAUGUCAACAGACCUGGAGAUAUCCGCAGAUUAGUUUAAAAAAGCUUUCAGUAGAUUUCUUGUAUUGUGGAAUAUGAAGCGGUUGGAGUGGAGACCUCCUAAUAAAAGUGCUCAGCUAACUCAUGAUCAGCCUGAAGGGAACCCAUCAUCUAGAACGUAUCAAAACAUUAAGCAUUUUUUAGCAAUUUUAAUGUUGUAGAUUUUUGCAUCAUAUUAGUCUUGCAUCAACCAAUUAUGCAGGUAGUUUUUAUGUCACAAGCAAAAAUCUCUGUCUGAUUUGGUGAAUAAAGCAUACAGCAUCUCCUUAA